UUGGUUAAUAUUUUGUACACAUCGAUGGCGUAAAGUAACGUAUAUACGGUUAUGUCUUGAAUGCGCUAAGACUUCAAACUUUAUUACCGUGAAACGCUCACACAGUUAGGCUCAUAGUAAUUUUGACUCUUACAGUUGUACAGCAAGAAAUUUGCAGAAUUUGUGGGCAUGGACAAGGACGACCGUGUUGAAAACCUUGACAAAGUUAAUAUUAUUGUGAAACGUGGUGCACAGUCAGAGGCAGAUGGUCCUUCUGAGGCCUUUCAUGUUGUCACGUGAGCAUUUAGAUUAAAGCAUGAAAUAAAGCUGACAAAGGCUUGUCUAAGCCUGCUAUUGAUCUGGGUUCUUGAAAAAAAAGUUGUAAGGUUAUGAACAUAGAACUUCCACAUGGUGGGCCUCAUUUUAUAGUUGACUCUGUCCUUCUGCAGUUUGCCCCAUCUUUGUCAUUUGUUUAUAUGGCUUACUUCUUUCUGCAAAGGGAACCAGCACUCAAGCAAGCCACCGGACCCUACAGGCUCCCUCAGCCAACACACGAUGUUCUUCUACCUGUGCAGGAUUUACGCCACUCAGCAAACAUCACCUCUGACUUGCGUAACCGGAUUGUGAAGUGGCUUCAUGCCGAUAUUUUGAGAUAUGACUUGUAUCCUGGGCGCAAUUACCUGUAUUAUGAGGCAGCCCGCCAGUUAGUCUACACGUACCCGAUACUGAAGGACGCAGCGGGGACUGGUUUUGAGUCAUGGCAGCGUGCUUUCAAAUUCAGAACCAAAAACCAACGAAGAAAGCUGUCGGGUAUACCUGCAGUAAUUGAAGAACGGGAAAAAUUCCAUCUACGCAGAGAAAAUGCAAGACCUGACUGUGGUGGGACAAAGAAGAGAUGCUUUCACACAGUGAACGAUAUGUCUCUGGAAGCAAGGUCCAUAGAUGAUGACACAUUUUCUGAGAGGGUCAUGUGGCUGAGAAAUGAUGCACCUGCUGUGCAGGAGGCCGUGAGAAAGUACCCAGUGCUAGGAAGUUGCAAAGGGGUGCACGAGGGGUUCAUGCGACUGACUGGGAAAAAUGCUGAAAAAGAGCUACUCGAACUGUUCAAUGUAAAAGGAGAAGCUAUCAUGAAGAUAGCACGAGGGAAAAAAACUGCAGCAAGGGUGAUGGCACUCAUUAACGAGAGGCUUGGUAAAACUGUCACUGUCAAUGAACGAAAGUAUUGCUACUCGGUGGGGAUCAUACACGCCCUUUCACAACUUUUGAAGGAGAGUGCAAGCGACAUGUUUGCAACAGACAGCAAUGCAGUCUACCCAACAGUGAUAACAGAGGACCCCUUCAAGUUCCAGCCUUGUCAAGUCACCGUGGAGGGGAGCACCUACGAUGCAGUUGAUGUCAUUGCAGCCAUUAGUACUGGGUUCGAACUCUACUGGGUUUUUAACCUUAAAUAUGCACCAUCCCUUGCAAGGACAUUUGCAGCUCUUGAGCACUUUUUUGGACUCGGAGGGAAGAAGAAAAAUAGCAUCCUUGUGUCACGACUAAUCUCUGAUCUUUCAUAGUAGUUCUGGGCACAAGACGUAAAACAUUAGCUCGCAAGCACUGUAGUCAUGUUCAUCUUUA